AUGCACCAAGGAGGUCGGAAAUACUCCCCGACGCGCUUCGCCGCCGCCGCCGACGCGCCGUUAACCCUGCAGGCGGUGGUUAAUAAAUCUCGGAUUUCACGCGGGGGGGUGGUUGCCGAACAACAACAGGUGGACGCGGCGAGUGAAACUUCACUGGAAGCGUCACCGCCGCCGAGCGCCGACGACAAGACGCGCGUUUACAAGCCCGGCAGGGGCGCGGUGGUGAGAGCCGUCCGGCGGCAUCCGUCGCCGCAACCGUCGAGCCUGGAGAGCCUGGAGGCGGCCUGGAGCCGCGGGGGACACGUGAAGACGGACGCGGAGGCGGCGCCCGCCGAGAUGGCGCUGGCGAACGGACACGGAGGAGCGCCGAGGAGCAGGAGGAGAAGCUUUCGACCCCCGGACGUGAGGACCAUCUUCUCGCCCCGGGGGAGGGAGGGCACGAGGGGGCAGGGACACGCCUUCGGGCCGGGGCCGGCGGGCACCUGGUGUGACGCGUGCUGCGGCUACAUCAUCCACGACUGUCUGGCAUGUGCAGGUUGUAAGUACACGUGUCACGCGGCGUGUCGGGACCGAGUGGCAUUGGACUGUCACCCUGCAGGACCCGCUUCGGUCAACAGCCCGCUCAGCCCCCACAGCCAGGACCAGCUCAACAACAACACACCGCUCCCCGAUGUGGAGAAGGAGAGAGAGCUGCGAACUCAGCUCAGCAGGGAGGAGAUCAGGCAGAAAAUUGAGCAGUACAACAUCCUAACCAAGGACCACCUCAAAAUGACACUGAACCCCAGUGGUGUGUACACAGGUUUCAUCAAGGUCCAGCUGGAGCUCAGGAGGCCGGUGACGGUGCGUGGGUGUCGGGGAGGAGCAGGCAGCAUGGUUGGGCAGGAGGCCUUCUACCUUCCCAGAGGAGCCACCAACACCCUCCAUAUCAGCUCCAACAACACAGUGAAGCAGGUGAUCGUCGCCCUGUUGAACAAGUUUACUGUCGCCGACAACCCUGCCAAAUAUGCCUUGUACAAACGCUACCACAGAGAGGAGCAGGUGUAUGUGUGUAAGCUAGCGGACGGCGAGCACCCCCUGUUUCUUCGCCUAGUGGCGGGACCCGACAACGACAUGCUCAGCUUCGUACUGAGAGAACAGCAGACCGGAGAAGUGAUGUGGGAUGCGUUUUCCAUCCCAGAGCUACGUAACUUCCUGCGGAUUCUGGAGAAGGAGGAGCAGGAGCAGGUGGAGGUGGUGACACGUCGCUAUGACAACUACCGCCAGAGACUGCAGGAGGCCCUUAGGGCAGCCAGAGGGCCCUCUUAAAGUGAUGAUAAUAAUAAUUAAAAAAAAACAUGACUACUGACCCCUAGAGGACUGGAAGGGACUGGCAGGAGAGAGAUGCCGGAAAAUCUUGGAGGAUCUGCAAAGGAAAUGAAAGAGAGCAAUGGAUGUUUACAGCCCCUAAAAGGAGAGGAUGAUAAGACUGAGUUAAAGAGAAGUAGGUGAAUGAUGAAAGGUGGACAAAGAGUGAAAAGGGGCUGAUGGAAAGCCAGAUGCCGUGAAAGGCGGAGGACUUGAGAGACGAUAAACGAACAGAUAAACGGACAAGUGCACAAAAAUCAGCGCAGGCCACGUUUCAUAGCUUGCUUGGACACAGGAGUCGGCUUCACCGUGGAAAAGCUGCUGCAUAAAUAUGUCUUAUCAGCCCGCAAAUACCAAAGUACUGGUCUGGUUAUUGUUGUGCCAGUUCUCCUGUCUCCCACGCUCCGUAUCUCUCUUUCUCAUCCUCCUCACCCAACACUCUCUUCUGCUGGCUGUCUCGUCUUUUAUGCAACAUGUUUUUCCCCUUAUAUUCUCUAGGUUUGUGAAAGAUUCAAGGCCAUACUUGUAGUUGGAUCAUUUGAUUUUUAUUUAAUUUUUUUCUUUUUUGGGGGGGCGUUGCUAAAGCUGUACAUAUUUUUUGUUAAUUUAUGUUGGUAAAGUUUUUUUAAAUGUUAAUGAUUUCUUUUUUUGUCUAAAAGGUCUUAUUUUGUUCUUUUAAAGCGGAGCAACAAUCUGAAAACCAUAGAAAAAACAGGCUGUUGAGACAGAAACAUCCAACAUCAUUUGUACUGUUCAGCUAGACUCUAGAGGUUAAUGCAGACACCAGGAAUCUGAAGGAUCAUGGCUCCUCAGAUGUUUCAGACUCGUACCAACCACGGGUAGCCCCACAGGCCGCCUGAGUCCCUGCACGUAGUCGAAGGAAGCAGAAGUUGUGAGACAGAAGCCUAGGAUCAAGGAAAGAUUAUUGGAAAUGGAAAGAAGAUCUAAGCUCAUGAGAUGCUGUGGAUUUAAGGUGACUGAAAAUGAACUGAACCAAAGUUUCUUGAAUAAGGACCCUGGGUACUAACACAGGCAGCCAGGAGAGGCGCUCGUAGACAGUAAAUGAGUAGUGUGGUAAGUGGAAGGUUAUGAAAAAAGGAUGUUGGCUUGUUUUUGGGUGCGCUCUGCACAAGACUUGGAGAUCGCUCGUUAUGUUUGGCGAAGGCGAGAGUAGAAAUGGGAAGAGCGCGGUCGACGUCAGUUGGACAUGGAGCACGUGUAAAACCUCUGCCCUCUCUGCUAGUCUUCCAAAUAACAGGGAUGUGUCUUGGGAGUUUGCGCUAAAAAUGGGAACGCCGCACCCCGCCCUCUUCAAACAGCUAGCGGAGUUCGAUGGCGCACGAGCUUAACAGACUGGUGCUGCUUUAAUAGAGAUAACCCCCUCAACUUUGACCUCUGGCCUAACCAAGGAUGGGGAUGGGGGGGGGAGGCUUGUAGCUGUGAGAAUAGACUGACUGAAGGAAGUUGACUAACCGGAUUAGAGGAAGUAGAAUAGAACACUAGAAGAGGGAAGGAAGAAGGAAGACCAAAAAAAAAAAAGUUUUGUUUUAAACAUGCUGUUUAGAAACGCACGUUAAGAGAGGCGAGACUGUGAGAACAUUUUCUGUCGAGAGCGAUGUGAUAAAGUAUGAAGGGACGGGAACGCUGUUUGUCUUACACUUCAUAGCAAAUGUACGAGAGUUGAGUCAUUUGACUUUCUGUAGACGUGCCGUGUUACCGAAAGCCACUGGGAGGGUCUGACGAUUUAAUGAUCAGCUGAUGCAAUGACUUGGUUCCCAGCAACAGACAUACGGCGGCAUUUUGGAGAUGAGGUAUCUUCCACUGAAAUCUGCAACGUCUAAAGUCUUGAUCCAUGGCUUCGGGUAGCUGUGUACAUGGGAAAUCUCCAUAGGCGGAGGUGUUUAUCUACUGAGAACAGCAACCCUGAAAAGAGGGAAAAUAGCUGUAUUGUCCUCUGCUUGAUGAUGUCUCUCCAAAGCCAUUCAUUUCAAGUUCAUGCAGUUUGUCCUUAUCUCGACCGCUUGGAUAAAUGCCAUGUGCAAGGCCAAAGCCAAGUGCACAUUUCUGGGCUUCUGUUAGCCUCAUGUUCACCUUUUGAUGCGAGAGGACAAACUAAAAUGAAAACCAAAGCAUGCAGUGACGAUAGAAAGACUUAAAGAUAUACAGCAAGGAUGCAGAACUCGCAUAAGGAUGAAAUAAUGUAAUGAGCUUCAAGGCAGAAACAUCCAGGAGUCUUAUAUCAGGAAAGAAUGGGGGGAAAACCCUUUAAAUGCUGUCUGAAAUAUUAACUCACAUUGUAUGCAUUAGUGGUUAGCGCUGUUGCCUCACAGCAAGAAGGUCCUGGGUUCGAACCCCGGGUCGUCCUCUGCGUGGAGUUUGCAUGUUCUCCCUGUGUCUGCGUGGGUUUCCUCCGGGGGCUCCGGUUUCCUCCCGCAGUCCAAAGACAUGUAGGUCAGGUGGAUCGGACUUAGUAAAUUGUCUCUGGGUGUGAAUGUGUCGGCCCUGAGGUGGACGGGCGACAUGUCCAGGGUGUUUCCCCGCCAUUCGCCCAAUGACUGCUGGGAUAGGCUCCAGCGUCCCGCGACCCUAAUUAGGAUAAGGGGCUUGGAAAAUGGAUGGAUGUAUGCGUUAGUCAGUUCUCUGCUUGCCUGUCAGUGUCUGGCUGUGCUGUACUACAGGCCUCAUGAUAGCAUCCACGCUGUAGGAAAUAGCAUCCACGCUGUAGGAAAUAGCAUCCACGCUGUAGGAAAUUAUGGCCUGUACUCGAAAUUGCUUUUGUUUUUCAAUGUCGCCAUAAGAUGGCUAACUUGUGUUUGAGACCAGAGCUAGAGACGUCGUUUCUGUCGGCUCUCCUUGAAACCCAGCGGUUCCCCACUCACGCUGACGUCUCCAUCAUGGUAGAAAAUGGCAGAGAAGCAAGUCAUUUCCUAAAUGACAAAGACAGGAAGUAAUCAGAAGGCCCAGUUCAGAGCAUGACCCUCUGGAUGAGAUGUCUCAGCUGCGGGUGCUGCAUGAGCUUAUGCUGAUGGUGCCGCGCUGCCUGCACAACUCACGGUAAUACUGCCAUCUAGUGGACAAGCCCCGCGCCGCCCUCUCCUCUCAGCUGUCAAACGCCUAUUGAUGACAGUGUAGUCUCGCGUUAUUUUAGGGUUGUUGUUUGGUUUUUUUUUUUGUCAUGCUGUAUAACCAAAGAUAUUUUUAAAAAUAUACAUAUUUUUAGGCAUUGCCUGGAGCAAAGUAUUGGAGGCCUCAUCCCAUUUAAGGGAAAAAUAUAGUUUAAAGUUAUAUUUAAAUGGGUUUAUUAACCCAAAUUUAAUUUACUAUCAAACACUGGGUAAUAUAAUUAAACAAGAUUGUAUGGAAGUGUGUGUGAAAACCAAUCAUAAUUUUAUUUUUAUUUUUUUGUAAUCUUAAAGCCAUGAUGUCACUGUCUACUUAACUUUUGCUGUUGAGACGCAUCAUAGUAUUAGGUUGUAACAGGUGGACACGAGGCCCUGUGUGCGGCACUACACACACACACACACACACACACACACACACACAUAUAUGCCAGGGCCUUGCACCAGACCACUUGUAUCAAUGUAGACUCUUAUGGGCACUUUACCUUCUGAUUCAGGGAAGAUGAGUUUUCAUUUUGCUCUUCUUUUUCUCUGUCUGACCUGUUUUAUCGGACGGCUGCAGUGUGAUACCAACCUCCACAAAUCAAAUUUUGUACGUGUUUUCUCAAAUCAAACUUUCUUUUAUGAUAUUAUUUUAGUGGGAUUUGAUUUUUCUUGGUAAGCUUCAAUUUUUUUUAAUGGUUUUAUGGAAAUACAGUUUGACAAGGAUUUCAGAAAGUUUUUGAUUUUUUUUUGUGUGCUCUUUUGGAGCUUGUCGUUUUGCGUUUUGACACGCUUCCAUAUUGUUUGUUCAACGUUACCUAUAGACUGUGAAAUGUUCGGUCGACAGUAGACCUUCGCAUGUGUUCCGGGGACGGUGUUGUAUCUGGUUUAUUUAGUCUGUGUUCCUCUUGUCGGGCCAAAUUGUGCCCGGGCUGCCAAAAUGUGUCCGGGUGAUGUCAUCGCAAGUCCGGUUGUUUAAAAUAAUGUUUCCUGACCCCUUUUUUGGGUUGCUAGCUACCUAGCUAACUUGUCAUUGAUGUCAAAAAAACUACAAUAGCAAAUAUUGGACGUUUCAUUUGAAUGGAAAAUAGGUUUAUAGAACAUCUUUAUUGAAAAUCUCGUCCACAGUACAUAACAUUAGCUAGCUAGUUUGCUAGCUAGCUAACAAGGUGAUCAACCAGUAGAUGAACUUUCACCUAAAAGUAUGCUUUUUUUUGUGCUUUUCAAAAAAUAUAUCCUAAAUUACCCAAGUUCCCAUCAGGGAUGAAUACAGUAUUCUGAUUCUGAAUAUAAACAAUUGCAAGUCGAAUAUAAAAGGUGACCCUGCGCAAUUUGGCCUGACACUAUAAAUACAUGCAUACUGUACAUACUGUUGGACAUAGAGCAUGCAACGCAGUAUGUACAUUAUAGUGAUCACACCUCGGUUAAACGGCAUUGGCAGAUGGUUCAGCUUCACUCUAGACUACUUGUCACAACCACGAACACCAGGUGGAGCAAGUUUGGCUGCAGAGUGCAACAAGUACCAGAAGGUUUAGUUAAUCAUGCAAAGUCUUAAGAAGCAAGUUGGAUAGAUGUCUGAGUGUGUGAAAAUGUACUACACCUUACAUGAACUGUACUGUGUUUAAACGUACCCAGCUUGUCCUCGGUGCAAGCUGGAACAAACGGAUAUUACUUGCAGAUUAGACCUGCUACUAUUACUACUAGGUCUGCUGUUAGUGCAGGUGAUGUACUUGGCCGUGUAUUUAGCCAUUACGGUAAAAUGAAUUGGGCCAGUAGUAGUAGUUGUGAUGUAUAAGAAGAACUAAUGAUAUCUGGUAUGUAUUCUGUAAUCGUGUUUUUUUUUUUGGGCUGUUCAACCACAAACGAGUCACAGAAUGAGCAAUGGUAUUGGUAAACCAUUCAGUUAUGAGAGUCAUGUGGUUCAUAUUGAGACGUGUCCGCCGUGCUCGCCAGAUGAUUUAAUCUGUCAUCCACAGUUCACAUUGUAUUUUACAUUCUGGUAAAAAAAACACAACACACACACACACCAAAUGUAAACUGGGUCUUUAAACGUUAUUUGCAUGGAAAGGACAGCAGAUUAAAGCGGGCCACAUGACUUAUUGACUUGGCGAUGUAUUAUCACUGUGCUGCAGCUGUAACGGUCGGGGAAGCCUUGCUGUCUGGUCAGAUAUUAAGCCCAUUUCUUUUAUCAGAAUGGGACCCUUGUACUGUUUGUGGCCUUACAACAGGUCUGCCUGAGCAUUGCAGAAACCCGUGUCUCUAGAUUGAACAGCCAGAUGUGUAAUCAGACAUGCUAGUUGCCAAAGAUGUGUGUGUGUGUGUGUGUGUGUGUGUGUGUGUGUGUGUGUGUGUGUGGGUCUGCCUUUCAUGCUGUGCUGAUGUGCCGUAUGCAGGGGACAAGGGAAUCGACGCUCCGCACCAUCACCACCAUGCUGGAUUUGUUCUCUGGGUUCCCCCAAAAUCGUCCCAGUGCAACCGACCCAAUUCAGCCCAUUGAUUCAAGCCCAAACAGAAGUGCUAGAUAUUUCCGAGAGGACUUAAUCUGGCCGCAGUGUCCAGUUUCAGCACCGUGCUUCAGCCCUGGUUUUCCCACGCCGACCAAGCCGCAAAGCCAAACGUAAUCCAUAAAAACCAGUUAUGGUAAGAUUGGUCUGUUUAAGGUUAUGGUUUAGACUUUCCAGUGAGAUGGACGCUUUUAAUCCUUGUAGGUAAUAAAGAGUUUUGGCUUUGCCGCUCGGCCUGAAACUGAGCAGCCGCCGGCAGUUGCAGUGCCUUCCUGCCUCUCCGUGGCAGUUCUGGUGGCGGUGGUCGUGGGAGCAGACUGGGAGGGGUGGGACGGAGAUUUUUGUUUGUCCAUUUUAUUUCUAUCUACAGGCUGAUACUUGAUGCAGGUUUGUUUCAUCGGUAACUUUUAUUUUUGACCUGUUACCAAAAUGUGGCCUCUCUUCGGGAAAGGCCUGCUGCAUCCAUUAAAGUUGGAAUAAAA